AUGGCCGACCGCAGUGGAGUGCCGCGGCGAAAGCCAGUCCCGCCGCCGCAACCACUCCCAGAAGGAUGGGCCGCCGACCUCACCAUUGCAUUCAGACGGAAACUGUCCACCAAGCGAAUGAAUGAACUCUCGCGACGCCCCAGCAGCCAGCGACGCUCGUCUUCGCGUCUCCCUGCCGACUUCUUCACCGACAGCAGGCAGCCGCCGCCUCUCCCUUCUCGACACGGUUAUGAUGCAACCCCGCAGCAACCUCAGAUGCCAUCGAGACAAGCACCCGCAGCACCCUUCUCACCACCGCCACCAUCACCACCACCACAACAGCUACCAGCAGCGCUCCCGUCACCGCCUGCCUACAACUCGUUGAAGAAUCUGCCUACUGUGCCCGUACCGCCGACCGACACCAAAUCCCUCCGCUUCCGAAGCAUGUUGAUGUCAUUGUCAAACACACCUUGCAAAUGGGAGAACCCAGGCCUACUGGACGAAGCACUCGGCGCGAUACCCUUGCAGCGAAUCUACGACAUGGCGCAAGAAGAAUCCGACCUCUUCACCGCCGAAGCCGCCUCGCUCGGCCCGAAUAUCAAACCCGCAUGGGGAUACCAGGACUGUGUCGUGCGCGCCUUGAUGAAGUGGUUCAAGCGCGAGUUCUUCGAAUGGGUCAAUAACCCGCUGUGCUCCACGUGUCGGACCCGGACGCUCGCAUGUGGCAUGGCUGCUCCGUUACCGGACGAGCAAGCACGUGGUGCGAAUCGAGUCGAACUAUAUCAGUGCGCCAAUCAGCAAUGCGGGUCUUUCGAACGGUUUCCACGAUAUAAUGACGCUUUCGUCUUACUUCAGACAAGACGGGGUCGGUGUGGAGAGUGGGCCAAUUGCUUCACGAUGCUUUGUAGAGCUGUCGGCAGUAGAGUGAGAUGGGUCUGGAAUGCCGAGGAUCAUGUGUGGACGGAGGUGUACAGUGUGCAUCGCAAACGAUGGGUGCAUGUCGAUUGCUGCGAGGAGCAGUGGGAUGCCCCGUUGCUGUAUACCCAAGGCUGGGGCAAGAAACUCUCCUACUGCAUCGCCUUCUCCGCCGACGGCUGCUGCGACGUGACCCGGCGCUACGCGCGCAACCCGGCCGAGCACGCCGCCCAACGCAACCGCAGCUCCGAAGGCGUCCUCUCCCACAUCGUCCGCGAAAUCACCGCCCUGCGUCGUCGGGACAUGGAUAAGAAGGAGAAGUUCCGCCUUAACGCCGAUGAUAUGCGGGAGGAUGCCGAGUUGAGGAAGGUCAUCAUAGAGGCGUUGGCGUUUAAUGUUAGUCGGAUUUUACCUGGGGGGGAUGGUGGUGGUGGUGGUGGGGGGGCGUCGCCGCCUGCGGAUCCGGAUGCGCAGAAGGCGGCUGAGGGGGGCCGGCAGUCGGGAGCGAUGGAGUGGGUGAGGUCUAGAGGGGAGGGGGGGAGGAAUCAAUUCACUGGGCCUGGGCCUAGGCCUAGGGAUCCUCGACAGCAAUGA